UCCCUGCCCAUAAUGAAGUGGGAAGCAGAAGCUCGUUGAUUACAGAUGAUAAAGCCACUAUCCCACACAGUGAAGGUCUGGUAAAGAAUAAUGGACAGAAGAAUAUGAGAAGCAUCAAUAGGAUGGGAGGCUUGGCUUUAUGACGGGAGCUGCAGUGUUUGCGCUCAGACAGAUCACGGAAAAGCGCUGACUGAGGCAGAAGGGAGUGAAUAUAGUUUCAAUAAGACAUCGAGUGUACGACAGUGCCACGUGGCGUUGUGCGGUGUGCCUUAGCUGCAGUGUUCCUCAGUCAUGUUGCUUGUUUUUUUUUUUUUACGUUCUGUCUAUAGCACCGGUAGGCUUUCUUGGCCCGAUGGUCGGCCCCAGUCUGUUAUGGCGCAGGCAAAUGUUUAUAGAGGUGCCAUCUUACUUGGCUUAUGCUGCUCCUGGAGCUCAUCUUAAAGCCUCUUUUUAGAAAGAGAAUCUAGAGUCCGGGUUGACAGGUGGUCUUCAGGACAACAUGUGGGUAGUCUUGGGACUCUUGGCCCACUCGGCGGUAACUGAAAAAUCCCAGCUUGUGGCGCCGGGCGGGACGCGAACCCGGGUCCUCCUAGACGCCGCGCCCACAUGUAGUCAGCCAAGGACCGUCCACCUAUCAUUCUAUCUCUACAUAAUUACAUAAGUAUAUCUAUCUAUUUCUGCAGUUUGCCGUUGAGUGUGCCUUUAUCACAUUACCCUACAGUCACCAUGCUCGCCCGUCAGACACCGAUUAUUUUCCUCAUCCUCGUGGCCGUCAUCGCCAUCUACAGUGUCUCCAGGUAUUCACUUGAUGAGAAGUUUGCUUCCGUGCUUGUGGCGAGAUGCAUCGACACCAGCAGCAGCAGGAGCGCCUCGCCCCCGGCCCCCGGAGCAUCAAGGGACGGGGCCUUCUACCGGGAGGCAGACAUCGCCACGUGGAACGAGGACUGGGGGGAGAAGAAGUGUGCGCUGCGGGAGAUGACCAACCUCAGCCAGCUUUUCGACUACAUCCAAACGCCGCUGGUCCGCUGCGACACACAGCUGAUGCUGGGAGGCCGUUUGCUAGGCAAGAGUCGCUACACCGACGGCGAUAAAUGGGUUUGUGUGGACAAGAAAUUCAAAGUGAUUCCCUUGAAAUGUCUGGUCUUUUCCUUCGGCAUUGGGGGAGACUGGUCAUUCGAGGACGAAGUCGAUAGGAAGCUGGGCUGCACGGUGUUUGCCUUCGACCCAACCAUCAAAAAGGAGAAUCACAACCGCACCGCCAGAAUCAGCUUCUUCAACCUGGGCAUCGACGGGGUCACCAACACCUACCCGCAGGCCAAGAAGAAGGUGGACCGCUACGCCAACAUCCUCGCGGGGCUCGGCCACCUCAACAGCAUCAUUGACAUCCUCAAGAUUGACGUGGAGGGAUCCGAGGUCGCUUUCUUUGGGGAUGUUUUUGGGAAGACUCCCAACCUGCUGAAGAACGUCAAGAUGAUAGCGAUGGAGAUUCACAUGGACUCCAAUCUUAGAGGUAGUGUUCCUGUGUGGGAAGGGCCGCCCUCCUCUGCCAGACGGAGGCUACAGAUUGCUGCGUCUUUUACUGGCUGAUCUCAAGUUGUUUCUCCUCUUACUCGUCAUUCGACUGAUAAAUUCCUGAAGACAAUGUGACGUCUUUUUUUUCUCUAAUUCAGUUGGACUGACUAGAACGUCAAACUGUAGGCUUUACAUUUUUUUUUAACUCGUAAUGGAUAUUCAAGAUCAUAUAUAUU